AUGUCUCUGUCCCCACCCUCAACUGGUAACUUUGAAAAUCGUGAAGCACUUAUUAAUCAUGUUCAAACCUAUGCCUUGAGCUAUGGAUAUGCUUAUGAUAAAGGUGGUCAUUAUAUUAAUCGAUUGAAUCUCACUAAUGAAACUCGCCAAAGAGCCACAAGCACAAGGCUAAUAGAUUGUCCUUUUGAGCUAUAUGGCAAGAAGAUGAAAGAUAGUCAAUGGUAUUUAACAAUAAAAAAUGAAAAGCAUAAUCACGAAGCAUCACAAGACAUCUCAGACCAUCCAUCAAAUGACCCGGAUAAAUUGGCAAUCUUAAAAACUAUCUAUAAUGCUAGGGAUAAAAUUCGCCGUGAUAAUCUUCAGGGUCAUAUACCAAUUCAGGCUCUUCUUGAUAAGCUUGUAGAAGAAAACUUUGAACAUGACUAUCAAUGUGAUCAAAAUGACAAUUUAACCCAUCUCUUUUUUAACAAAGAAGACAACUAUGUGUGGGGCCUUAAUCGUGUUGCUCAUAUUUUCGAGAACAUUCCAAAGCCUAAAGUUAUUAUAACAGAUCGUGAAUUAGCCUUAAUGCAUGCUGUACACACUGUGUUUCCUGAAUCUCAAAAUAUUUUAUGCGUUUGGCAUAUUGAAAAAAAUAUGCUGACUAGCU